AAUAGAAAACGACAAAAAUAACGAGACGAAAACAUAACAAGGACACCUCCUGUUUAGUGUCUGCUUCUCCUUCUUCUGUUGCUGCUGCUGCUGCUGCUACUACUAAUGCUACUGCUGUUGUUGUUGUUUUUUGUUGUUAUUGUUGCUCUCACCACGGAUGGUCUCUUGAUAUUUUUUCUUAAACCAAAAUCGAAUGGGAAUUUCUUAAUCGAUCUGAGAAGUACGUUGCUCAAAAAUGAAUCAAAGCAAGCGAUUUUAACAAAUCUACACCGCCUCUACCACCACCACUACCAACCACCGCCACCGCCGCCGCCAACACCAUUAUUACUUUUGUCAUAAACAACAAAGACAAGAAUAAAAAAACAAUAAAGAUAAGAUUAAUAGCAACACAAGCGAUUCUUAUAUAUUAAUAGUAACAGCUAUAGCAACAUCAAAACAGAUAGAGUGUGUUGGAUUACAGAGAGACCAGCGAAGGAAAACAUGUUGGCAGAACUAUAUGAUCCAUGGUUACGAAGUAUCCGCUGGAAUAUAUUGUUGAUACUUGGUUUUUGUAUACAAGAUGUCUUCGCUGCCUCAAACUCAAUGGAACUGGGUGGUGUUAUUGCUGCAGGACUUAUGGGAUUAUUUUUACUAACUUCAGCCAUCAUUGCUAUGGUAUUUUUUUGCAGAAGAUUAAAAGAAAACCGAAAGAAGCAAGUUUCUAAAGUACAGCAAAUAAAGAAAUUGGAGGGAUCUAUCUGUCAAUCACAGUCCGAAGAUGUAUUAGGUGUCCCUGUUGUAACCAAUGCUCUGCCGCGUAUAGUAAAUGACGAUAUGUACAUGGGAUCACUGAAUAACAUAUAUAAUGGUUCGAUAAUAAAUCAUAACCCUCUACAUGCAUUGUCACAGUCCAAAGCGAAUUAUGAUGGAGAUUCUGAUAGGAAAGGAGUUGAUCAAAAUUAUGAAAGUAUUACAGAUUAUAACACGUCACAACCACUGAACCCGUCAGUGUUACAAACUAGAGCAAUGGUCCAUGAAAAGUAUGAUUAUAGUACGAGAGAACCUGACAGAGAUCUAGCAGCUAGUAAGUCUGAUUCAGAGUUUAUUUUGAGGAAACCUGAAGCUAUCCAGUUAAUUGAAACAAGAAGUAAGGGCAAUGAAUUAGAAGAGUUUACAGCAACGGAAUUUAUGCUAGAUAGGAAAAAAGAACGAUCUUCCGAGCGUUCUGAUCUAAGAUUCGUCACCAAUGACAACAAUAACUCUUAUUCACUGCAGAACGGUGGAAGGUUUGUGACAGUCGGAGAACGUCCGAAAGAUGUAUAUCCAGUCCCUGAUUACGACGGGAGCGGAAAUGAACCAGAUAACUCUAAAAUAACCGAAAAUAACACACAUGGUUAUGACAUGGAUUUACAAGAAAUUAAGAAAAACUUUUCUCUAGACGAAUUUGACCGAUCGUAUAAAGGCAAUUGGUAUGAUACAUAUUCCAAGCAAGUACAAUUUAAUUCAAAUCCUGAAAAUAUAGCAAUUUCAAAUGUAUCUUUGCGCUUAUAGUAUUACAAGAAUCUAGUCACAACAUAACAUUUAAAUCAGCUUUCUUGUGAGGAAAAUGUAAAAGAAAGAAAACUAUUUUAAAAAGCAAGUGCUCAUACGAACUUUCACGAGAACAUACGCAUAAAACAAACGCAAAAUUAAUAACCCCUCAUCAAACUCAUGUAUUAGUUUUCAAUCUACACAUCUCGGUUACGCAUUAUAUAGGCAUAUGUAUUCAUAUAGAUAUACAUGUACAUACAUAUGCAUAUAUACAAAUACAUAAAUAUAUAUAUACACAUAGAAACCUACAAAGAAGAGAAAUAAAACUCAACUGAAUGAGUCGCAUGCAUGAAAUUCUAUGCCCAUAAAUGAGUUAUGUAACUUUACAUCUAAUUAAGACAUACGAACACACAUUAUAUGAAAUGAUAGAUAAAUGGGAUGGCAAUCUCUAUUUAAAAACAAUAUAACUACAAUUGUUUAUCUAAACAAUCAGCCAGCUAGGCGCCUGUUAUACCCUGCGCGCAUGGUAAUUAUUACAUAAAAUAUGACUGAUGCACAAAAAGUUUUAAAAUGUGUCGAAAAAAAUUGUAGUAUUUCAAAUAAUGAAAGUUGUAAUUCCCUUUUCUAUCGUUUAUCAAUUAAUAUACUCUCUACGGAUGCUAAUGGCUUUGUGUAAAUGGAUUAGUUGGCGUAACUCCAAUGUAUGAUGAUGUGUCAUAGUCAUUAACUGCGGACGAGCUAAGAUGAGAUUUCCAUAAGGAUUGGACAAGGUUUUUAACCCGAAUAUUCUAUGAAUCUUACACACACACACAUACACACACACACA